AGAUUGCUGUUCAAUAGGUUGGUUGUUAUCUGAGCUUUAGCUCAAGGGAUGGAUUCUAGCGCAACGAGCAGGCCCUCCAGAUCCAGAUCAACGGGAUCGAAGACAACGAAAAGGCGAGCUUUCCGAGGACAAGACGAAGCGGAUGAUGACUACCUCUCGGUGGACUCGGCGUUUCCGAGCUCGAAUACUUACACACUGCAAGCGAUCGUCGAAAUCUAUGAGUCACUCUACAAGUUCCAGCGCGAACGCACGGAGGAGCAGGAGAUCCAGGUGGUCGCUUGUAUCACCAAGUGGUACGACCUCAAUUCCGUCUUUGAGAACCCAUUCACUAGAGCCAAUGGGAUCGAAUCGAUCGUCAACCAAUUCCUCCUCAUGUCUCUCAUUCCUGGCCAUAUCUGCAGCGAAUUGGGCGAUAUAUGUCAGAGCGAUGAUAACAGUGGCAAUCGAGUCGUUGUAUUUUCUCAUACGCUCCAUUUUAACCUACUCGGGAACAGGGCAUUUAACCCUGACAGAACAUCUGUCAACACGCCAUAUGGACUUUCAGUUGCCCCAACACCGCACGCAGGAACACCGAAUGUGAUCAGCCGGUUUCCAUCAUUCCAUUCAGCCAUUCUGGCCCGGGCUGGAUCGGCGGCAACGAUUGAAGAACGAGUUCUGCCAGUGAGCCGAACAGGGCGAGGGACGACAUGGCCGAUAAGCUGGAUGUUCUCGCAUCUAUCGCCGAGUAGAAUGAUCAAUGACCUGGUUCGCUUCGAUCUGAAGUUAUCGACGAGAUUAGAAUUCAACGAGCAAGCUCGGAUUGUCGUCCAUGAGGACCUCUGGGGAUUGAAAGAAACGCUUGAGUUCCUGGCUCCAUCCGUCUUCAGAAGAGUCUAUCAUCUUCAGCGCUGGUUGGCCAGUCUUUCUGCUGACUUCUUCAGCCGCCGAUUCCUUCUCCGUUUUCGCACCCAGCUGUUGACUGAUCAAAAGCCGUGUCGACGUCAGUCUAGUCAGCCUGCCCAUCAGCAACCCCAUCAUCGCCAUGUUUCCGCUUCAUCUAUCCUCCCCCGUUCUCCCAUCCUCAUUGGUUCCUCUUAUUUUCAUUCUCGAGACCAUCACAGAUUAUUUGAUCUCAAUCACUCCAAAACUCACUCAGAACAUUCCACUGUAUCCUCUUCUCCUCCUUCUCCCUUGAAGCAGUCAUAAUCUCACUCUGAGGUUGGGGGUUUCGAGGAUCGGAUCAAAAUCAGUGCUUCUGACAAGAUGCAAAGCAGAUUACUUAGAGUCUGUCAGGCUGAUUCAAUUUCUCAUUAUGAUCAGUUAUAUAUGUACAUCAAGCUAAAAAUUUCAGCCUGUUUUCCUAUAACAAAUGUCAUCAAAAGCUCAUUAAAUGUGCAGUACCAUGACCUUGUAACUUUCUUGUCCAACAGUCCGUGUUUCCCCAAAUUUUCCAAUGCCAGAUAAGCCUGAUCAAACGUUGCUUUACCGUUGUGAAUUAGGUUAUUAUACAAUGUUCAAACAAAUUAUCAAUCAGUUUGUUGAUAUAUAAGACUACAUUACAUCAGUAC